GGGGGAUGCACUUGAGAAGCCUCAGAGUCGACGCACUCGCUGGCACCUUGCCACAUGGACGCAUGGCAGAUGGUUCGGACGCAGAUGUACAGGACCUGGAGCUCCUGGUGGAGCGGCACCGCAGCUUCGGGGCCAUGGCCAUCGUGGCCGGGCGCCUCCCGGGAGGCGGCGCUUGUCAAGUGCUUUUCCAAGAGGCCCCGGGGCGGUGCUCUCAGGAGGACAUGGAGGCGCUGAAGAAGCUGCCCACCAGUCGCGCGCUGCACCUGGGCUCCCAGGACUUCCGGCUCACCGUGCGGGUGGUGCUCAAGGAAGCGAACAACGAGAAGAAGGGGCCUCCAGUGUACCAUGCGGGUGGGCUCUUGAACCUCGCGAGCUGUGAGCGAGAUCUUGGGGAGAUGAGGUGCAAGGACCAGCGCCACGAGAUCUUCGCCCACUUCGUGGCCUCGGAGUUCGGCCGAUCCCAGGGCUACGUUUUGGAGGUUGCUGGCGGGAAAGGAGCCCUGGCAGAGGCCAUGAGGGCGCGAGGCCUGCAGGUGGUCAUGGUGGAGCCUCGGGCCGCCCCGGUGGCGGAGGUGGACACGGAGACAGAGGGCUCCGAGGGCUCAGAGGGCUCCGAGGGCUCCGAGCUCGAGGACCACGCACCCGUGCGCCGGAUUUGUGCCGCCUUCGAUGCCACUUCCAUGGCCCUGGUAGCGGAAGCAUGGGCACUGGUGGCCAUGCACCCGGAUGAGGCCACGGACGCCGUGGUGGACGCGGCGCUGGCAGCGCAGAAGCCCUUCGCGGUGGUGCCCUGCUGCGUGUUCCCGCGGCUCUUCCACCAGCGUCGGCUCUGGAACGGCGGGGGGGUGACAGGCUACACUGGCCUGCUGCGCUUUUUGCGUGAGAAGGACGUCCGGAUGCGCGCGGCGCGGCUGCCCUUUACAGGGCGCAACAUCGUGCUCUACAUGACAGCGGAGGACUUCUGCAAAGAGAAGCAGGUGACG